AUGGAUGGGUUUAAAGAAGUGUUAGAUGAUUGUCGAUUUAUUGAUUUCAUUUCUACGAAACAUGAGUUGACAUGGUGCAAUGAACAUAGUAAUUCACCGAUAAUGGAGCGGUUGGAUAGAGGGUUAUGUACAGAGGAGUGGUUGGACCAAUUCGAAGGGGUUGAUAUUACGUUGCUUGACUGGUGGGAGUCGGAUCAUCGGGCGUUGGUUGUGGAUAUACCGGUUAGAGUGGAUGGAGUUAAAUGUGGGAAGUCUAAACGGAAAAGUCAUUUCCAUUUUGAGGAAGCAUGGUGUCAUGAGGAGGAGUGUGCUGAGAUUGUGGACCGGGUGUAG